CGUUGUUCUCUGUCUCGCCCGGUAACGCGUCUGCGUCUAGCCACCGAGCUGACACGUUCCUCGAGCUUCACCCAUCUUGAACACGCCUAUACCCCCGCGAUGGCUGGACGAGCGGCGCGUCUGCAGGUCGGCUCUGCGCCAUGGAUCGCAGAAGAGCGCUCCUCUGCCCAGAAGAUUGCUCACGAUGAGAUCGAAGAGUUCAGCUUUAGUGCGCGCAACGACUUUGAAUGGCUGAACGAGCACAUGGCUGAAAUAUUCAGCGAGAACCAGACCAAUGUCGCGGAGCUAUUCAAGACACCUGGGAAACUUCGCGGCAAGACACCGCGAACAGCUCGGAAACUAAACCAGACGGGACCACGCGUACCAUUGGCCGAUAUUUUCAAUGCUACCCCCAAGGGAGCGCCAAAUCCCUUCGCCAUGUCUAAUGUCGAGCGAAACCAGAUGUCCAGAGUCCAGAUCGCCACAGAUCCGAUACUUCGGCCAAGCCCCGCCCGGGUGGACAAACCAACACACAAUUCCGUGUCCAUGGUGGACUCUGGGUAUCACGGAAGCCAGGAUCUCAUGGAUACUGACGAUACAGAGCCUCUGGAAGAGGAACCAAUCGAAACUUGUUCGAGUCCCAAAGCAAAGCAUGAUCAUGUUGCCUUCGAGGUUUCGUCGCCUGCACGGGAGAUUCAAGAGACGCCCGCACGACGGUCGCCAGAGCCUACAGCUACUAUCGACAACAUGGGUGACCAGUUAGAUACGCAAUAUUUCGCUGUCACUGCAGGAGAAAACGCGCCCCCCAAGGACCACUUAAUUCAUCACGAGAGCACCACACCAGCUGGUUCGCCAAUCCAUUCCACGUUAGACGAAUCCCCGCUCAAGACAUCUCCCGUUCAAACCUCUCCCGUCAAAGCACCGGGGAACGUCCAAAAGCCAAACCUCGAACUGACCACGCAAACGGAUGUAAUGGACACCGGCGACGAUGAUGCAACAAGAUCUCCUUCAGAAGGAUCGAGUCCGAUCAGGCCAAUCGUGCGUAAGAGCAGCUUGAAUUUUGCCUCGUUGCCCGCUCGUGAACCCAUGACGCACAAGAGUAUUGGAAACCGUAUCUCGCGGACUAGUCACCUUGAUCAACGUAAUAGCUACUACAACAGACAUACGGGUGGGAAGAGCCUAGGAAAUGUCAGACCUGAAGCAUCUGAUGACGACGACGACGACGACGACGACAACGACGAUCUAGAUGCCCAUGAGGGCGACGUCGUUGAUAUCGUUUCACAAGUGCCAAAGCCGCAAGAUCCAGAGCAGCCCGAAGCAGAUAUCGCAACUACACAUAGCAAGACGUACACGCAGAGAUUACAAGAUCAGAUUAGUAAACUAGGCCAGUCCCAACCAGCCACUGCGCGCACAUCGAAAUCCAUCGCCAACAGCGCACUUCCCUCAGCAUCCGCACCCGCGCCAGUCGUCACGACCAUUCCAGCUCCGAGAUCUCCACUCAAGUCCAAGAUGCUCUCUCCCAUGACCCAUACCACACCUGGCGCAUUUCCAGAGGACGACGACGAUGAAUGGAUCCAACCACUGGGCACUCCGGACAACGCAUCAAACCUUUUUAGUCCACGUCCUGACUUACUUAAAAGCCACUCGGCGGAUGUGAUGGAGGGCAUCUCUGGCAAGGAGACAGUGAGCGGCGCCGAAUUUGCCGUGCCCAAGACGCGACAGCGCAAGAGCCACUCCAAAUCUCCCCAAAGACCUGAUAUCCCAGAGAGGAACGCGAGCGCAAAGAAGGGUCACCACAAGUCAGCCUCAGUACCAUCAUUCCCUGUCAUUGAUCAGAACCAGGAUGACGUUUUAUUAUUGAAGAAAACAAUAUCUGUUUCAAACCCAGCACUUGCGUCAGUGGCAGAAGAUCAGGUUGCUGAUCUCGAAUCGCCCCCCAAGUCACCCUCGCGGACGCUUAGGGAAAGCCCAUUGAAGCACGUUAAGAACAAACUCUCUUCCAUCCUAAAAACCUCAAAGGGCCUGCUUGCCAGCAGUGCCGCUAUUAGUGCCGAGGGCAAAUCAUCGCUUCUCUCCCCGUCAAGCGUCCGCCUUGGGCUUCAUGCCGGCCCCUCAACGAUGUCUUUGGACCUGCCGUUCGGGUCUAGUUCGCAACCAUUAUAUCCCGACUUGUCCAAGAAAUCCUUUGACAUCCAGUCAAUGACCAGUACCGCAAGUCCUGCGCGCACUGAAGGUCGCAGGACACGAGCAUCCAUUGAGCGUGAAAAAGUGGAAGAGAAACGAAAAGAGAAAGAGGCCAAGGAGGCUAAGCGAAUGGCUGAACAAAUGUCGAAACUCGAAAGAGCACGUGAAAAAGAGCGAGAAAAGGCCCGUGUUUUCAGCGAGGAGCAAGAGAGAAUUGCAGCUAUGGAGAAGCAUAUUGCUGCCAAGAAAGACCAAGAUAAUAAAGCAGCAACCACGACUCCCGCACCAGUCAAGCCGCCGCGUAGAAGCCCCCGAAAAGCGGAGCCUCAAGUCGAAAUGGAGCAGCAACCGGCCGCCGACGCCAAGGUCGGCGACGAUGUCGACAUGGCUGAUGUUCCCUCGUCAAUGCCUCCCCCUUCUGUCGCACGCCCAGCAUCAGCUGCUAAGGGUCGGGAAAUCAAGAGGCCAGUAAGGCCGAUGAAGGAACCUCUGGGCAAGUCCAAGCAAGCACCUACAGUGAUUCGCGUCAAUAUGGGAUCUCAACACUCCCAAUAUCAGCCGUCAAACAGUACGCUAGGCUCCAGUUUGCUUGAUACACUCGGGCCAACCGGGCCGCAGAUCCAACCCAAGAACAAAGGCAGCCAAGCGUCGGUUGCUAAACCUUCUCUUCAGAAUUUCAAGGCCUCUCAAUCAUCGAGCAGCAGACCAAAAGCGCUUGAGAUGGCAGCACGAAGAAGAGAGCAAGAAGAAAGAGAAGCACAGCGAAAGCGGGAGAUGAAGGCGGAAAUGGAGCGAAAGAGGACAGCUCUGCAGGAAGAGGAGAAGCGCCAAGAGCAGCAGCGAAAGCUAGAGGCUGAAAGGCAGAAGGAAGAAGAGCGCAAGCAGCGCGAAGAGUCUAAGAAGAGAGCACUGUUGGAGAAGGCCAAGCAGACACGGGCACCACCUCCUGCUGCGCGAUCCCUUAAUGGACAGCCCGAUUACAAGCCCAGUUCACAGAGCGGUAACAAUUCAAGUCGCCCACCAUCGCGCCUGGGUUCGGUAGCCCAAAAGUCUCAAGAGGACUUUGGGCGCUCGGUCGGCACGGGUUUGACAAAUGCAUCGAAACACACCGCCAAACGAACUCUUCAACAAGACUCCAAGGAGAGUAAGAGGAUGCGUAUGACGGACGAGUUCGAUGAUGACAUGGACAUGGAGAGCCAGCCUAGUCUGAAGGGGGCACCGGUUCGUCCAUCUGGCGGCUUUAAGAAAGUCACAGCAGGGUCUAUGCUUUCGCAAGGGCAGAAGCCUCCCAAGCCUCAAGAAACGACGAGCAAGAAUAUGUUCCCUCCUGGAUAUGCCAAUGCGCCGCCAAGCGCCACCAAGGACAUCUUCAAGUCGACUCUCACUAGCCAGCAUAAUGCUCACAUGAAGGCCGCUCACAACACAGCGCAGUUCGCCAAAGGCGCUAUUCCUUUUGCGCCCAAUCCAAACCCAGCCGGUCCGGCUCACAAGACACCUGCUCGGCCUACUGGAGUCGCAGGCGCAAAGUCUAUCGCCAAGUCGGCAGCCAGAUCAUCGCCGCGCUUCCAAAACGGUGAACAGAUUGAGCUCCCCGAGAUCAACACAGACGACGAGGAUGAGUACAGUGAUGAUGAGCACAAGGAAAUGUUUGCUUCCUGGACCGACUCGCCAGCACUCCGCAGGGCGCUUAUGGAGCAGGAGACUAUGGACCCAAUGAGGGUUUUCGGUGCACCUGCGCCGCUCAAUAUGGAGGAGGUCUUCAGCAAGAGCAAAGAUCGCUGGCACAAGUUCCGUGCAAGAACUUCCAGUGCCAAUUGGAGCGGCACUGACAGACUCACCGAGGAUGACAUUCGAAAAGACCUGGCAGCCAGAGACAAGUUACGACGUGAGGGUGGUUGGUCAUAUGAUAUGAGCAAGGAGAUGCUAUAAGGUACAUCGGUUUGCUUUAGGCCAGUCUCUGAAUUUGGCUGGUG